CGGCUUACGCUGCCGGCACGCAUGCGCGACGUCUCAAUCGCUUCAGCUUUCGACGGCGGCGGCGACGGCGACGGCGGUGGAAGUCGAGGAGUUCGGAAGUUCAAAAUGGCCGCGGCGACGAUAGUGGAGUCGGGGCUGCGGGGGCGCGGAAUUGAUGAUGCUGAUAUUUCUGAGAGAAGUGCAAAUGAAGAAAAUGGGGAUAUUUCAGAAGGAGAGCAACCACAAAUUAAACACAGCCGGCAUAAAAAAAAGAAACACAAACACCGAGGUAAACAUAAGAAACAUAAACAUUCUUCAGAAGAAGAUAAGGACAAAAAACAUAAACAUAGGCACAAACAUAAGAAACAUAAACGAAAGGAGAUUACUGAUGCCUCUGAUAGAGAAGAUGGUCCAGCAAAAAGAACUAAAAUUGAUUUCUUAGCUCCUUUAGAAGACUUAGAGAAACAAAGAGCAUUGCUUAAAGCUGAACUUGAAAAUGAGCUAAUGGAAGGAAAAGUUCAGUCUGGGAUGGGAUUAAUAUUGCAAGGUUAUGAGUCAGGUUCUGAAGAGGAGGGAGAAAUCAAUGAUAAGGUGAGAAAUGGGACUAGAUCUGCAACCAAGUCAUCAAACGUUAAAGGGAAACCAGAGAUUGUAGACAAUAAAACAAGUUCAAAGAAACGGAGUAAGAGCAGAUCAAAAGAACGGACUCGGCACAGAUCUGAUAAAAAGAAAAGCAAGUCAGGAAUUGAUGGAAUAAAAGAGAAAACAACAAGAAGUAAAUCAAAAGAGAGGAGAAAAUCAAAAAGCCCAUCUAAAAAAAUAAAGUCUCAAGACCAAGUAGGAAAGUCAAAGUCUCCAACUCUUAGAAGGCGCUCUCAGGAGAAAAAUAGGAAGUCAAAGUCUCCAGAAGAUAAGACUAAAGCAGAAGAUAAGAUGAAGUCUAGAGAUCAUAAAAAAUCUCCAGCUGUUAAUGAAAGUAAAAACAGAGAUCGUGGCAAAAAAUCUAAAUCUCCAGUAGAACAAAGAAGCAAAUCCAAAGACAGACGAUCAAGGUCUAAAGAUCGAAAAUCCAGGAGAUUGGAGACUGAAAAAGAGAAGAAGCCCACCAAAUCUCCUUCUAAAGAUGCAUCAUCAGGGAAAGAAAACAGGUCUCCUGGUAGAAGACCUGGCCGCAGCCCUAAAGGAAGAAGUUUGUCUCCCAAAGCACGAGAUAAGCCAAGACGCAGCAGAUCACCUCUCCUUAAUGAUCGCCGAUCUAAGCAGAGUAAAUCGCCCUCUCGAAAUCUGUCUCCUAGAAGAGCAAAGAGUAGAUCUGUAGAAAGAAAAAGAAGAGAAUCGGAAAGGAGGCGUUUUUCUUCUCCAAGAACACGAACUAGGGAUGAUAUCCUCUCUAGACGUGAGCGAUCAAAAGAUGUCAGCCCACCAAGGUGGUCCCCAUCCAGAAGAAGAUCCAGGUCUCCUAUUCGACGAAGAUCUCGCUCAGUUCUUCGACGUAGCCGGUCUCCAAGAAGGAGGAGUAGAUCUCCUCGGAGAAGGGAUAGGGGUCGACGGAGUCGAUCUCGUCUUAGGAGGAGGUCUAGGUCACGGGGUGGCCAUAGGCGGAGGAGUAGGAGCAAAAUAGAAGACAAAUUUAAAGGAAGCCUUUCUGAAGGGAUGAAGGUUGAGCAAGAAUCCUCAUCAGAUGAAAACCUUGAAGACUUUGACGUUGAAGAAGAAGAUGAGGAAGCUUUGAUAGAGCAGAGAAGAUUACAGAGGCAAGCAAUUGUUCAGAAAUACAAGUACCUAACUGAAGAUAGCAACAUGUCUAUGCCAUCUGAACCAAGCAGUCCUCAGAGCAGCACUCGCAGUCGCUCAAACUCACCUGAUGACAUUCUAGAGCGGGUAGCUGCUGAUGUUAAAGAGUAUGAACGGGAAAAUGUGGACACUUUUGAAGCCUCAGUGAAGGCUAAGCACAACCUCAUGGCUGUUGAGCAAAAUAAUGGUUCAUCUCAGAAGAAAAUUACAGCUCCUGACAUGUUCACCGAGUCAGAUGAUAUGUUUGCUGCAUAUUUUGAUAGUGCACGCCUUAGGGCUGCUGGCAUUGGAAAAGACUUCAAAGAAAACCCCAAUCUCAGGGAUAACUGGACAGAUGCAGAGGGGUAUUAUCGUGUUAACAUAGGUGAAGUUCUAGAUAAACGCUACAAUGUAUAUGGGUACACUGGCCAAGGAGUUUUCAGUAAUGUGGUGAGGGCCAGAGAUAUGGCAAGAGCAAACCAAGAAGUGGCUGUCAAAAUCAUUAGGAACAAUGAGCUUAUGCAAAAAACUGGUUUAAAAGAAUUAGAAUUCUUGAAGAAACUCAAUGAUGCAGAUCCUGAUGACAAGUUCCAUUGCCUGCGAUUGUUCCGGCAUUUUUAUCACAAGCAGCACCUUUGUUUAGUAUUUGAACCACUCAGUAUGAAUUUACGAGAGGUGCUAAAGAAGUAUGGAAAAGAUGUUGGCCUCCAUAUAAAGGCAGUACGAUCAUAUAGUCAGCAGCUGUUCCUAGCAUUAAAACUUCUUAAAAGAUGCAACAUCUUGCAUGCUGAUAUCAAACCAGACAAUAUUUUAGUGAAUGAAUCUAAAACUAUUCUAAAACUUUGCGAUUUUGGGUCGGCUUCACAUGUUGCGGACAAUGACAUCACACCGUAUCUUGUCAGCCGAUUUUAUCGUGCUCCUGAAAUAAUUAUAGGCAAAAUCUAUGACUACGGUAUAGAUAUGUGGUCUGUAGGCUGUACAUUAUAUGAACUUUACACAGGAAAAAUACUGUUUCCUGGGAAAACCAACAAUCAUAUGUUGAAACUUGCUAUGGACCUCAAAGGAAAGAUGCCAAACAAGAUGAUCCGAAAAGGAGUCUUCAAAGAUCAACACUUCGAUCAAAAUCUCAACUUUAUGUACAUAGAGGUAGAUAAAGUAACAGAAAGGGAAAAAGUAACUGUCAUGAGCACCAUUAAUCCAACAAAGGACCUGCUGGCAGAUUUAAUUGGGUGCCAACGCCUCCCUGAAGAUCAGCGCAAAAAGGUUCACCAGCUGAAGGACUUGUUGGACCAGAUCCUCAUGUUAGACCCAGCUAAACGGAUUAGUAUCAACCAGGCUCUGCAGCAUGCCUUCAUCCAGGAGAAAAUUUAAAUCCAGCGAAGAUGUUCAAAGGGUUUGACUAGUUAAUAUACAAAGACUGAUGCAAUUUCACAGCAAUUUAUAAAUGUACAUAUAGCAUAUAAAUAAUUACCCUGCAAAGUUGAGGAAGAAUGAUAUAUUUGAAUUAACACCAAGGCGGAUAUUUCUUUUAGAAAUGUUAGAGUAAAUCUGUUUGUCUCUCACAUGAAGAUUUUUUCACUGUAGAACUGUUUUAUUGCCAAGACUGCACAGAAAUACAAUGUUAGCGUAUAUGGCUGCAGUUCCCAAACAUAUAUAUAUAUAUAUAUAUAUAAUAUAUAUAUAAACACACACACAUGCUCUCUCUCUGUCUCACCCUAACUAAAUGCAACAAAGCAUCUCUUAAAAUAUCAGUAAGACUGGGUGGUUGAUUUUGGUUUUUAGCAGAUUUGGCUUCAUUUUGGUCUCUGAAAAAUGGCCAGCAUAAAUGCUGUUUAUAUUGCAUUUUCCUAGGUGUGUGCGUGCAGGCCACAGCAGCAUGCCCUUGGUGUAGUCAGUGCCGAAGGGGGUCUAUUCCUUCUUGAGCCUGCCCGCAGGGAUGGUCUCCUCUUUUAAAGCAGGUUGUGUACAACUUUCAGUACACUGAAGGUAAGCUAAACCAUCAACAUCACUGACGUUUAAGAUGUUAAUUGUACUGGAGCAACUGACAAAUGAGGGUCAAUAGCUUUGUGGCAGAAUUCCCUGCAUGUUUUUAUAAUUGAUCUUGUUUUUUUGUUUUCUGGCAUUACAACUGGCAUAAUUCCAACUUCUGUUUGAUCAUCACAUUCAAAGAAAAAAAAAUGGGGUGUGUGUGCACUUGAUGGAGAGAGCGCCUUCAGUGUACUGUUUAUUACUUUCACUUUAAAAAAAUCAACUUGCUAUAUAUAGACUUUAUACAUUUUGUUAAAUGCAGUUCACUAUGGCAUAGAGCCAAUACUUAGAGAAGUUUUCAUUUCCUAAUGACAAAUGCCGAGCUCCAUUUCCAAAAGUCCUUAUUUCAUGGCCAGAUAGAGAACACCAUAAUAAAGAUUUUUUAGCUACUUGUAUGUCAUUUGAAAGUGUACUGCUUUAUGCUAAAGGUGUUUUUCAUUUGUUCAUUGUUUUCAUUAUUUGUGAUCAUGUUGUCUUUCAAUACAGGCAUAAACCUUCCACUCUUGAACAAAGCAGCUGCUUUUUAAAAGCGGUAAUUGCUUCUUUACCUUUUAUUUCUUUUGUAAAUGAAGCUUUCUUUAAGAAAUGUGACUUUAAAGUGUUGUCUCUUGCAUAAAACAGUUGACAUUCACUUAUUGUAAAGUGAAGAUUGUUCUGCUGCAUGUAAAGUGGACCAUGCAGAUUUCUGUAUGUUUUCAGUAUGCAUCAUUAGAUAAUAAAGUCUUUUGUGAACAAGGCAUUGGUAGCCAUUUUUAAAAGAUUUUUGUCUCCAGUGUUGCCGACUCAGGUAAUCGCAUCAGUGGAAUCUUUCAUUUUUGAUAGUCCGUUAAUUAAAGCAGUUAAUAAAAGAUGUGGCCCAUUGAAAGAGAAAUUAGAUUCUUAAUUAUCCACAUUUCAGUUUAGAUACUACCCCCUGCACCCUACAGAUACUAUCUACUUUCAUUGUAAAUUUAUUCCUGUAGGUUGUUGGAUUCGAAUCAGGUUUUAACUAAUGUUUGUGCUGUUUUUCUUACUUUUCCUUUUUGAUGGUGCUGAGAGAGACAAGGAAAGCAAGUCACAGGCCACUCAACGCCUACUCCAGGGGGUCUGGUUUGCUGAGACACCAACUUCACCUUCCUAACAAGGUUAUUUCUGACAGCAUGUGUAGAUAAACAUUUAGCAACAACUUAAACAAUAGUUCCUUGUUCAACAUGAAGGUACCAAACUCAGUGGAUUAACGUUUACCGAUCCAAUUCUUGCAUUAAAAAAACCAAUCCACGUAAUAUCUUAUUUGUAUGUAUUUCAUGUAUGUUGCACAGGUGUACAAAAACACCCCAAAUCAUGAAAUUCUGUAAAUAGGAUUUUUGAAAAUCCAUUUAGGCAGAUAAUUGCAUCCAGUUGUGCGCAUUUAGUACAAUCGGUCACGCUGCUUGCCAAAGGGGUGAUCUAUCCCCCCUCCCCAUGUUAAAAAAGCAAACUACAAAGGAGGCAAGUGAUAUUAACCUGCCUGUCUUGACCCUCUACCCUUUUUCUUCUCCAGUUAAAGUUACUUUGAAAGUAGCAAAUCUGUUUCUCUGUCAACUUACUUAAAAUGCUUCUUGUUUGUGCAGGAGACAGAAUGCAGCUUUUACUCUCACUGAAAUGAAGAAGUAGAUUACUUGGUAGUUAUUUGCACACAGCAGUGUGGCGCGCACUGCUUUGGCGACACCUCCAGGCUAUCUUGCACGCCGGGUGGCAUUCUGACACAGAUUGUCAUAAAAUUCUAUUGCCUCCACCAUUGUUCCUUGCCCCCCCCCAUUUACAACUAAUGAAAAGAGUUGGUCAUGUCAACUCCUGUAGCAGCUACCAGGAUUUGUAAACAGUUCCUAAGAAAAACAAAGUUGCUUGUUUACUUGUUCUUUGUGUUAUAGGUGCCGCUCAAAUGAAGAUGAUGGAAACCAGAAGACAUGAACAAAGGUUUCUGUUCUAUAAAAGAUAUGAAAAACAUUCAUUUAGUUAUGUCUAGUUUUUUUUUCUGUUCACAGCACUGAGAUAUAUAGGCUUCAUUUACACUUUUGCCAUUCUGGCAGUUCUUAGCAUAGUACCGUUGUGGUGUUUUUAUGUAAAAUGUGUCUGUUUCAUCUUUUGGGUGAUGUGAUUUUGUUGUGAUAAACUUGAGAUAGGCAUGGUUAAAUAAAUAUUUUAUUUAAUACAUUUUUAUUGCACCCUUCCUGCCAAAGGAGCCCUAGCGAUAAGCUAACAGACGUACCAUUUAAAAUUUUGCAAGCAGGUAUACGCAUACUGCAACAUUAAUUUAUCCCAGAGCAUUAUAUUUCUUUGACUGCAAAAUAUCAAUCUUACUUUGGAUGUCUCAAAGUGUUAAGAAGAAGUCAGACCUUUGCAGAGGAUGGCUGUAUGGGUGUGUACCUGAAAAGCCAGCAGAGAUUCUGGAGGUGUAGACCAGUUUUUUUUAUAACUCAGUUCAAUAUCCACAUUGUAGUGGGAGAUCAUAGAACUCUGCUUUGCUUCUCUCAGCAGCCCAGUUUAGACUUUUAAGUGGAGCCGCUUUCUGAUGGAAACUAGACUAAGCUUAAAAAACAAACAAACUGAAAGCCACAGGUCAGUCAAGCCACAGGUCAGUCAAGCAAGAAUUAAAUAUACUGCUUUUAGCAGGAUAUUUACUGUAUCAAUUGCAACAGUUUGGAAAUGUAUUUUAAGAAUUUCUUCUAGUUCUAUUUAUCCUUCUGCUGCAGUGUAGGUUGCUAUGGCACACAAGGUUAUUUUGAAAUGUCUUUGAUAUAUCUGAUACUGAUUUCUGCCUUUGCUAAUCAUGUGUUUCCCUUCCUGUGUAGGGUAAGUGGCAGAAAAUUUCUGAGAAACAUUUGCAUGGAUUGAAGUUUGCUCAGGAGGCAGAUCAGACUAUGAAAAUACAGAAGGCUGAUAUCUUUGUGAGAUUGAUGAACAGUAAUGAACUUGUGCAUCAAAAAGUGAAGCAGUGGUUUAAGAUAACUAUUUUUACCAUUCAUUUUUGACAUUUGAUGAAUAACGAGCUUAUUAAAGUUUUUUUUAGUGUUUGCUUAUGCCGAGUUCUAUUGAAUAUUAAAUAACAAUGCAACAACACAUUCCUAAAAUGUGCUUCUAACCAUGUAGUAUGAUCUACCUGUUGUAUUAGUCUGGUGGUUCAAAGAAUAAACACCAUUGCAUUGAUUGAUUUGCCCAAAACCACACCACAUUCACCAUUCAACUGGAGUGAGUUGUUAACACAAGCAAGGAGUAAACCUUGUCACCAGCCACAACACUGAGUUAACAGGAAGACUCUGUAAGUUUAUCUAAGACCUGUGGUCUUCCAGAUUUGGACUCUCAACUCCCAUAAGCUCCAGCCAGCAUGUUGAGUGGUCAGGAUGAUGGGAGUUAUAGUGCCAGCCACAUCUGAAGGGCCACAGGUUCCCCAUGCCCAAUCUAAGAAAACCUCCAUAAUGCCUGGGCAUUGUCACAUUUUGAGAUGCAUUCGUUUUAGUUCAGAUUGUGGAUAAGCACAGGCUUGAUCUCUGUGAUAAUGUGUUUUACCACAAACCUAACAUUGAUGAACAUGGUAGAAGUUAUUCUUCUACCUAGAAGUUAUUCUUUCACUUCUGCUUUUCAUUAUAGUAACUGUCAAGGUUUUACUGCCAUUAAUUCCUUCUUGUGAAUGAAAUUACUAAUAAAAUGAAAACUAUAUAAGCUACAGCUUUGAGGGUUGUUGUUUUCUUUACAAUCAAGCAGUGUUGAAAUUUUAUGGGCUUUUAUCCAGUAUUAUGUAAGUACACACAAGGAUAUUUCCCUUCCCAUUUCUCCCCUACACCCCCCCCCCAAAAGGCUUUCCAGGAGGUCAGGGGUGGUGGUGGGCUCAAAAUCAGGAAGAGGAAUCUUGUCCCAGAAUGCUAUUUUAUUUCCUCCACUCUUUUUAUUGCACCUUCAUUCAACAGUCCACAAUGUUCAGUAGAUUCUACCUGACAUUAUGGCAAGCUUUUUGGCAGGUACAGGAAAAUAUAUACAGUCAUACCUCAUGAUACCGCCGCUUCAUGUUGCGUCUUUUCAGGUUAUAGACACGCCAAACCCGGAAGUCCCGGAACGGGUUACUUCCGGUUUCGGCGCGUCCGUAACCUGUGCCCAUGUGCCAGAAGCACUGCAUUGCGCCACACGCAUGCGCAGAUGCAGCACUUCAUGUUGCGGCCUUUUCAUGUUGCGAACAGGCCGCCGGAACGUAUCCCGUUUGCAAGAUGAGGUACCACUGGUACGUCAGUUUAUGAACUUAAUCCAUUCCAGAAGUCCGUUCUUUAACCGAAACCGUUCUUAAACUGAGGGCGCUUUCCCUAAUGAGCCUCCCACCGCCAGUGCCCCUCCACCAUUCAGAUUCCGUUCUUAGACCGAGGUAAAGUUUUCAGGCCAAGACACUGUUUCUGGUUUUGCAGAGUUUGUAAACCAAAUCGUUUUUAAACCGGACUGUUCUUAAACCAAGGUACCGCUGUAUAUAUAUUGGGGAGCGGAUCAUGCCUCAUGGGCGCAUAACAGAUACAACCCAAAGUCAGUUUACAUGAAAGGAGGGAGGGCACGUUACUGUUAAGAAGGGUUUAGAGAAAAUGCUGUCUUGAGAACACAACAGUAUUGCAAGCUUAUCUAAAAAUACAAAAAAAAUGUAAACCUCUUCCGAGACUAAAUUAAUAGAAAAUGGUUCAGAACUCCCACAUUUUCUCCCUAGACCUACAUGUGUAUGUGCCAAUUGAUGGUAACACUUAAUGCAUCUGAUAAUGGUCUCUCUAGUCCUCGGAAGCCUGUAUCACAAUAAAUCUGUUAAGUUUUUAAAGUGCUAAAAGUCUCUCUUGUAUCUGAGUGAACAUCACACUUCUAGUAUUCUUCAAUAGAAACAUACUACAGUAUAAGUAGAAUAUGAAAAAACUGCUUUCAAGUUUUUUUCAAACUCGUGUAGUCAGUAUUAUCUUAUUUUUAGAGCAACAGCAGCCUAUGAUUGUUUUCUGUUUUCUGCUUGCCUGUGAUUCACUCUCCUAAAAGCUGAAUGAAACGAACAUCCUUUGUAUUCAGUAUUUGUAUUUCUCUUAAGUAUGAUUAUGUUUUGCUAAAUAAAUAACAUCCACUAUUUGAAGCA